UUCCAUUCGCACUUUUACCUUAUCAACAACCAAUUCUCCUUUCAACUCUUUUUCCUCGGACGACUUCGCCUCCCUCUUCCUCCCAGCCAUCUCUCCAGACGCUCUACUCUACAAUAUCUAUUCUCCGCUUCCAGUCAUCAUGGGGAGAUGUAGACACUUCCCAAAUAAGUUAUCGCAUUGGAACCAAUCAUGAUGCUCAACAUUUCGCAUUGACGGAUGAAGCUGCUUUUCAUCGAUUUUGGGGUGCCCUCAUAAGCCAAUCGCAAAGGGAGAAUGAAGGGAAAGAGGAAGGAGAAGGAAGCAAUCCGAGUGCGGGGAUAGACAUAGAGGCAGAAGAAAGUUCAAACGAACAGGAUGAAGUACAAUUGAUAGUUUACAGAAAACGGCAUACCGAAGUUGUUACCCAACCUCAUCAUACAGAGUCAUUGUAUUCAUCUCCAAAGACUCCAAGAGUGCAAUUUGACAGGAUGGUUGAAGACGUCCCAAUUCUGAGAUCGAUCACGGUAAAGUCCCGUACAAAGACGUACAAACAAAAAGUUGCUGUGACCGAUACGACAACCUUUGCUUCCGUGAUUUCAUUUGCAAUCAACGCAGCGCCUCCACAUGGAAAACAAUUUGUCAUUUUUGCUGCUGAUGGUUCACUCGAAUAUAUACCAACCGACUUGGUGAGAGACGUAAUCGUUGACGUUGAGCAUGCCGAAGUUUUGGUUUCUUUGGAAAACGCUAGAGACGUUGAUUUCGACGAAUUUUAG